CUCGUGGAGAAAAGAUCGUGGGGAAUUGGAGGAUUAUUAUCGAGAUUAGGGAUGGAGAGAGGGGGGUGGACGGACGCGGACGAGGCAAGGAGGUGGGUGGCGAAAUUGAGACGGAGCGGUCGAAAUCGCGAGUCGUACGACGAGGUGGUGGAGUUGGAGGCGAAAUUGCGCGCCGCGUACGUAGCGAAGGAGUUGGAGGUGCAAAUUUUGGAAAGGGAGGCGGAGCGGUACGCGGCCGAGAUGAAGGAGCGACGGGCCGCGGAAUCGAUGCGAUCGGAGGGGAGAGCGAUGGCGAAGGAGGAGGCUCGCGAAAGGUGGAAAAAUGUGGAAGAUCGGGAACGUUAUAGGAAAGAGCUGAUGGAUCAGAUGGAAGGGAAGAAGGAGGAGAGGAGGUUGAGGAUGGAGGAGGAGAGGUGGGAGAGGGAGGUUUUGAGAGAGGUGGACAGAGCGAGGGAGGAGCGCGAAAGAUCGGAAAGGUCGGGGAGGAGGAAGGAGAUGGGCGAGAUCGCGAGCCGAGAGCGUUUCGUUGUUUCGGAGAUGAGGCGGCUUCGGGGGGAGGAGGAGAGGGAGGCCGAGGCGGCGAGACGUCGCGAGGAAGAGGAGUACUGGUGGGAAGUGGGCGAGAGGAGGAGGAGAGCGGAGGAAUCGCGGAUAGCGGAGCUACGCGAGAGAGAAUCGAUGAGGAGAAAAAUCGCGGACGCGUUGAUCGAUGCGGAGGAUAGGAAGCGGGAGAGGGAGGCGUUGCUGGCCGAACUGAUAACCGAAGACGUCAAGUUGGAGUUGUCGAUGAAGGAGGAGGAAGAGGAGACGGAGAGGGAAAGGAGGAAGGAGGAGUUGGCGGCCGAUUUGAAGGAGCAAAUAGUUUUCACGGAGCGAUGCAAGCUAAGAUUCGUGGAGCGAGACAGGGAGUUCGCGGAAGAAGUCAUGAGAAGAAUAAAGGAGGACGAGAAGAUUGGGAGAUUGAGCGCGGAGGCUAGGCGAAGGGCGCAACUGCGAUAUCGAGACGAGUUGAAUCGAUUGAUCGAGAUUCGGCGUAAAAUUCGAGAGGAGGAGAUUUGGAGGAAGAAGCGAGCCCUGGAGGAGGAGAAGGAGCGUGAAAAAAUGAGAUCGGAUCGCGAUAAGGAGGAGAGGAAACGAUUGUUGGAGAAACACGCGCCGAACGUCGCUAAUUUUAUCGAUAAAAUCCCUCUUUCCGAAGAGGAACGAGAGACGAUCGAACGAAUGCAAACAAACGCAGACCCGUGUCAAUAAAUACGUAAUAAACGUAAAUAUUUUCGAAA